CUGAUACAAUCAAGCUAACCGAGUUAACGUAUUCAACCGGCUGGAUUAUCAAUAUUUUACAAAAUGGGAAUCGCCGAUGAGGCUGACCGGACUCUGUUUGUCGGGAACUUGGACCCUCAAGUAACAGAAGAAGUUAUAUUCGAGCUGUUUUUACAGGCUGGGCCAUUAAUCAAAGUCAAAAUCCCCAAAGACAAUGAUGGAAAAUCAAAACAGUUUGCAUUUGUGAACUUCAAACAUGAAGUGUCUGUGCCCUACGCCUUGAACUUGCUCAAUGGAAUCCGUCUGCAUGGACGGCAGCUCAACAUACAGUUCAGAUCCGGAAGCAGUCAUAUUAAUCAGGAAGGCAAAAGUCCGGCAAACUCUCAAAACCCCAGUCCAGCGAAUACACCAGGUCACCGCGGUGGAAGAACCCCAGAGCAGAUGAGCUCUCCGUCCUACUCUCCUCCACAGAACAUCCAGAGGUCUUUCAGUUCUCCGGACAGUCUGCAGAGACAGGCGAUGAUGAACAACAUGUGGCAGGUCCAGAUGCAGCAACAGUUGCAGCAGUUUAACGGGGCCUUCCAGCAGAGCAUGCAGCAGAUCCGGGGCACUGGAGACGGUAACCCAUGGCAACCGGACUGGUCUGGCCAGCGAGGUCAUCGCCACUCUCCCCAGGACAAUAACAACCAUCACGGCAGAGACCAACGGCACGCAAACAGCGGGAACAACUACGACCGCCAUCGGCGCGACAGCCAGCGGGGAGACCUGCAUCCCCAGGACGACCGCACUGGAGGAAACCGAAAUCACACCCCUGAGAGGCGCCGAGACUCACGGGACGGCCGGUGGAAGCGCUUUUAAAAAAUCUACUUGGUAGUUGCAUUUUUAGUUCUCCUGAAAACCUUUUUUUUUUUAUCAACUGUUUUUAUUAUCUUUUGUUAUCCUCAUAGAUUUUUAAAUCUAUUUAGGUGGAUUACAUAUUAACUGUUUAAAAAAAAAAAAAAAAUUGCAGUACAACUGUAGGGGGGGAACAAAUCUGACACAAGGUUUAGGCAUGUUGACCAGAAUCUCUUUGUUGAGAUGCAAG